AUGUCCAUCGAUCAAGUCAACCAGAGAGAAGCUAUUGACGCUUACGUCAAGAAGCACCUGCUCCCUACAGACGAGGGUCUUGAGCAUGCCUACACAAAUAGUACAAAGAAAGGUCUACCCAUGAUCGCAGUCUCCGAGGUCCAGGGCAAGUUCGCCUCGAUGCUCACAACCAUCGGAUCAGCUCGCAAUGUCCUAGAAAUCGGCACUUUAGGAGGCUACUCCACCAUUUGGUUCGCACAAGCCAUGAAAGGACGAGGAAAAGUGACUAGCAUUGAAGUCAUACCACACCACCGCGAUGUUGCAAUCGAGAAUCUUCGCGCUGCUGGUAUUCAAGUCCCCGAAGAGGUUGAUGUCCUCCUUGGUGCAGCACUGAACGUUUUACCCAAGCUCGCAGCAGAGAUUGAGAAGGGAGAAAGAGAGCCCUUUGAUUUUGUGUUUAUCGACGCCGAUUGGGACAACCAGUGGAAUUACUUUGAUUUUGGCGUCAAGUUGUCAAAGGGCAAGGGUGCUGUGAUUUACAUUGACAAUAUGGUGCGGAACAUGUUGGAGUCUGGUAUCGUUGGGGAUGUUCAACGUGAGGACAAUGCUGUUGAUGUGGUGGCUAAUGUUGGAGCGGACGAUCGUGUGGAUGCUGUUGUGAUGCAGACUGUGGGAUCGAAGAACUACGAUGGGUUCCUGCUUGCUAUUGUGAAAUAG